AGCAAUGAGUCGACAAUGCGACAGAAGAGCACUGCACAGCACCAAAAUGAAAUCAAGGAAAUCAAGCACUGCAGUUACUUUAACCUUCCACCUGACCUCGUGACCUCUGAACUCUUGACUUUUAACCCUCUGCAGGUGUUCACUACAUACUCCAAUGAGGACUACGACAGGCGUAACGACGAUGUGGACCCCAUGGCGGCGUCGGCGGAGUACGAGCUGGAGAAGCGUGUGGAGAGGCUGGACCUGUUCCCAGUGGAGCUGGAGAAAGAUGGUGACGGCCUGGGCAUCAGUAUCAUUGGCAUGGGUGCGGGCGCAGACAUGGGCCUGGAGAAGCUGGGGAUCUUUGUCAAGACCGUCACAGACGCCGGAGCUGCUCACAGAGAUGGCAGGAUCCAGGUGAACGACCUCAUAGUGGAGGUGGACGGCACCAGUCUGGUGGGCGUCACCCAGAGCUUUGCUGCUUCUGUCCUGAGGAACACCAGCGGCACUGUCAAGUUCAUCAUUGGCCGGGAGAAGCCAGGCGAGCAGAGUGAGGUGGCCCAGCUGAUCCAGCAGACCCUGGAGCAGGAGCGCUGGCAGAGGGAGGUGAUGGAGCAGCGCUACAACCAGUACAUGGAGCAUGAUGAUGAGACGGGUGAAUUCGGCACUGAUGAGGAGGAGGAGAUGAGCCCCAUGUUUCCCAAUGCCAUUGAGGUGUUUGACCUGGCCGAGAGUGAGGACAUGCUGUCACCGGUGGAGAUGGACCCUGAGAAACUCGUCCACAAGUUUAAGGAGCUCCAGAUUAAACAUGCAGUCACCCAGGCUGAGAUUCAGCAGCUGAAGCGGAAGCUGUCCCACGCGGAGCAGGAGAAACUGCGCUGGCGGAUGGAGCGCGCCCAGCUGGAGCAGAGCGUGCGCGAGAGCAAGGAGCGCAUGGAGAAGCUGGAGGGCUACUGGAUGGAGGCCCAGUCCCUGUGCCAGGCUGUGGACGAGCACCUCAAAGAGACCCAGUCGCAGUACCAGGCUCUGGAGCGCAAGUACAGCAAGGCCAAGAGACUCAUCAAGGAGUACCAGCAGAAGGAAAUAGAGUAUCUGAAGAAGGAGACAGCCCAGCGAAGAGCUCAGGAAGAGACAGAGGCUACCCACAAGGUUGAGACAGAAAAUCUCCAAGAGCAGGUGAGGAUCUCAGACCUGGAGACCAAAGUGGAUGCUCUGAAGACCUCAGACCCGUCCUAAACCUCUAAGCCCGAGGAAGAGAGGGAGAGCCUGGCCCACAGUCUCAGCUCAUCCUUUUCCUCCAGCCUGCUUUCCCCACAGCAGCCACAGAGAACAAACAAAUGAACAACAGACCACCGAGAAAUGAAAGGCGGGAAGAAGACUGGGAAAAGGGAUGCUACUGAGGACAGGGGGAGAUAAAAAAAAAAAAAAAAAAAAUUAAAAAAACACAGGACAUAAAAACAAAAGCAAACUCUCUUUCGAUGUCUCGUCCCCAUGGUAUUUGUCAAUGUGUCCAUAGCAGGCACGUGACAAGUCUUCGGUCUCCCGUGUAACGUCACUCAACCCCACCACCCUUGAAAUAACACCAGAGACUCUCGAUUCAUCGGUUUAGGCUUCUCUGUCCUCAUUUACUGCCCUAUCCAGUCACAUAAUGGGACAAACUACACACAGCAGCAUCGAAGAGGAGACAUUUUACAGCUAUAAUAACAUAGAAAUUUCUCAGUGCGCGACAAGGAAAACCCCAACAUGGCUGCCCCCUCUUGACCUGUCAAUCAGUUGGAGGAAUUGGAUGGAGAGAGAGAGAGAGAGAGAGAGAGAGAGAGAGAGUUCUGUUUGUACAGAAGGAGAUCCCUGUGAGAGGACCAGACUGAGCUUGUAUAUAUUCUUUACAUAUAUUUAAAAAAAAAAUGUUUUUUUAAAUGCUUAAAGCAAUGUGCGGGGGUGUUGUGGGUGGGUGGGAAGGGGUGUCGUUGAAGCCGCUGUGUGCUCACACUUUUUUCUUUGUGAAAAAAUACAGGUGUGUGAGAGGUGAUAGACCGCCUCGUUACGACUGGAAGAUGAAUGGUUGUGCAUUUCCUUCUCUUAGCAAAAACAAAGGGGUGAACAGGGUUUGAACAUGUGCAAGCUUAACAUAUUAACGCGUACCUGUUGUGGGGUUGCUUACUUCUCACUCUCAAUUUAACGUAGAUAAAAAAGGGUCAGUGUUAUCAGAUGACGAUGUGCUUCACUCUGUGUGAAUUAGGGGUCUAAGAUUGUCCCCUUAAACAACCUUUGGGCGGCCAUCAGUGGAGUCCGCAACAAAGCAUCUUGGGAGAGAAGGAAAGCAGUGACGCUUCCCGUGAGCACUAGGGUGAAGCUGUACAGAGAGAUGGAGGAGAAAGGAAAGCAGUGGCGCUUCCCGUGAGCACUAGGGUGAAGCUGUACAGAGAGAUGGAGGAGAAAGUGGAUCCUCAGUGUAUGAUCCACACAGUACUGUUCUGAACCUCAGAAACCAGCCAGCUGCCUUCUUCCCUUCACUGUUGCUUAUCUCAUCGGCUUUGCAUUCAAUCCUUUGUAUUUUUAGCAUCGAAUAGAGUACCGCUCUCUUUGUCUCCCUGCCAUUCUCCCUCGGCUCCUUAACCUCUCAUGGCUGUCUCAACCUCAAAAUGGCCUCACUUUUACAGCAUGCUGGCCUCCUUUUUUUUUUAAAACAAAACAUUUCACCUCGGCUUCAUCAACAAUGCUUAUAAAAAUCAUUUCACUUCUAGACUGUGAUAUAAAAUCCUUUUUUUCCAGUUACUGACUUGAACAAGCUUCUGUCGUAACUGUUCCAACUGUGACAAACUCACCAGUCAUUUUCUCAGCCUACCAAGCCAAUGCUUAGGCCCUUUAAGGGGCUAAGGUCCUCAAAAGGCAAUGAGUGGUCUCCGUUAGGUGGUCAGGAUUUCCCAUGAUCCCUCUGCAGUCUGCCCCCAACUCUCCUCCAUGGUCCCACGGCUUUGGGUGUCUCUGCUGUGAAACUCCCAGUGCUUAAGCUUUAGCUUCUGUUGGUAGGUGUUAGAUUAAGCAGUUUUUUUAGGACAUGUAACAGGCAAACACACACACACACACACACAAGUGGUCACACUUAUAAAGAAUCUUAUUUGGAAAAGAAGGAAUGAUAUGGUUCUUGAAGGUUUUCUAAUUUGAUUGUUUUUGUUGUUUCUAUGUUUGUUUGUUUGUUUGUUUUCAUGGACUCUGCCGUCAUGGCAGUGGAGAUUGGGCUAUCUAUUUGAAUUUUGUCUUAUUUUUAAUAAGGAACUUCAUUUUUAACUGGAACUUAAAUUAAGAUUUCUGUCACUCAGAAAAUAUGCCGAGGACAAUGGCGUCAUACUUACAUGAACUGUUACUUCCUUUUGUUGCUCAAGCAGAACAGUGUUACCAGAGCAAACCCAGUUAAAGGUGCAGUCCACGAUUCUAAUCCCAUAGAUUUAUUGUCAAAUUCAGUGAAUUGCUCCUUCGCUUGGCUGUUGAGUGCAAAUAUCAACAACCUUUUGGUGAAACUGAAUCAUGGACUGCGCCUUUAAGUAUUUGUAUUUUGGCCGGUCUCAGGUGCGACUGCAGUUUAAUAAGGAAAGUAUUUUUCUCAACAGUUUGGUUGGGUUCAGUCAAAGAUGUAGAGAAUUAUUGCAUCUUUGCACAACGUAAGGUAUUAUGUACAGACAGCCCACAAAGUUGUGCAGUGGUUUCCCAAGUCACCUGUUUUCUUGACCUAAGAACACACAACCUUGGGUUAACUACAACCAAGAAGCAUGGUAUUCCUGUUGUUUGUAGUAAAUCAGGCCUACUGGAAUCAAGCAUUGAUACCCUGCCAGGAAUAGCCAUUACCAUCACCAAAACUUCAGAUUCUUCAGUAGGACCCUAUGACCCAACCAGUCAGCCUCAUGCUCCAAGGCUGAUCUCUCCACCAUUGCAGUUGUAGUCUUUUCACCGAAGCCAGUGCACUAUAUGUAACAUUCUAAAGAGAUUAACUUGCAGCAAUGAACCAGAUGAAUUCAGACGCAUCUAUAACAUUGGUGGAGAGAGCACAUCUGAUUACAUUUAAUGACACCCCUCCAGAGGGAGCCUGUAGUGUUAUGUUUUUUUUUUAUUAUUUGUUUGUUUUUAACUCGGCACCCUGUGAAGAGGGCUCAGCAAGAUCACUGAAAAAGUCAGGAAUGAUACAUAGAACUUCCAGACGUAUGCUGUAACCAACAUUCCAUGAACAAAAGACUUCAUUCCUUGCUACAUGUUGCAUCCUUUCAAGUCCACUUGCAACACUUGAGUUUGAAUGGACCAACUCGACAGUGAACGCAUUCAGCUUGAGCUGCUGUGCGCCGGUGUGAAUAGCAGACGCCCUGGGAACUGUGCAGCCAUCUCAAACACCACUAGCAGGACUAUCUGAUCUGUCAUUCUGAGAGGACAGCAGCGAAACGGCACCAGGAAAUUGUUUGAUUAAAUUGCGCAAUGCCAGUCCAGGGAUUUAUUAUUAUUUUUUAUUUUUUUUAACUGCACACUCAGCUUUGCUUUUUUUUGGUUCUUGUUGUUAAAUUGCUCUUGCUUUGGAGCCUGAAAAAGGCAUGACUGUAUAGCUCUCUGAGUGCAGGGCCUUCUGAUGGUUUAUGCCUUGUUGUUCCUAGAGAGCAGCUGACUAACAGGUCCGGUUCCGAUCCGGCCCAGACCCGCUCCAUAGAAGAACGCUGCUCUCUAGAAUGUGUGUGUUAGCAGUACAGGGUGUAACAUUCUCUUAGGAUGAGCGGAAGAAACCAAACUCACACCCAUUCCUUGUUUUGUAUUUAAUUUUUUUUUUUUUUUAAAUCCCUGCUUUGUAAUUUGCUGUUAUGACUCUGAACAAUAAGGAUAAUACCCAUAAUAAACCCCAAACUUCAUCAUGCUCAUCUGCCAUAAAUUACUUUCAUCAUUAAUAAUAAAUACAAAUGUGGUGAACAGCUGAAA